AUGAGCAUAACUUGCUUGCCUGACGAUGUCCUUGAUGCCGCACUCAAAAGUGCAGCAGAGACGUUUAUUCAGUGUCUGCAGGCAAUGCCAGAACUGCAGGGAGCUAAGGUUGCAAUUGUCGGUGGGAUGGCAGUCCGGCAUCAUUUGAAAGGCUGCCGGCGAACCUUUGAUGUGGAUGUUCUGCUUUUCAGACCUGACCGUCCUAUUGACUACCAAUUAGUGCGUAAGGAGCUGGUCUCCCGGUUCUCAGGUUUGUUCAAGGAGCGCGCAGAGCCUCUAUUUUUCAAGUACAAACCUACGGACGAGCUUAAGAACAAACGGGAGGCCAAAUGUUCUUAUUUAGUGCAGGUGGACAUUAUUCCAGCAUAUUUGCCACCGUACCUGCCUGCGCAGGCAGUGGCGCUGGAAGACGUGGACAUAUCCCAUCUGCCUUUUGUCGACCCAUUGGACCUUCUUGCCUACAAGGUCCACUGCUCCAGCAUGCGUUACUGUCUCAGAAAACAAAAACCGGACGCCGAGGAGGUGGUGAAGCUCUGGCAAGAAUGUUAUGGCCAAGAGUAUGUUCCGCUGAGCGAAGGACAGAGAGACGCCAUCGCUUCGGGGGUGGAUCUGAUGGCGGAAUAUUCGAAGCAGUGUUGCUGGAGGAAAUGGAGGCUGAGACAAUGGGUAAAUCUAUGA